AAGCCCACACAGCCCAUGCACCCUUCGGCAACCGCUUGCCCAAACAAAUCCCAGCCCUGCAUCCCGACACCGUCCCCCGAAAUCCGUUCGUCCAAACGGCAGCCCCACUGCCCGAAGAACCCCGCAACGUCCAGGGGCAUUUCCGUAACUGCAGCCUCCAAAACCCUAGACGCGUGGCAGGCGGCCGACCCGGUCGCUCCCCUUCCCGGGCCGAACGGAGGCGGCCGUAUAAAGGCCUUCUCCUCCAACCUCACCCGCCGGUUACCUUCCUCCUCCACCGCAUCGACGCCAGUGAGCCGAGGACGCAACCGCCUGCGCCCGGACCCCAACCAGCUAGAGGGAAGCGGGAGAAGGAUGGACCGGUACCAGAGGGUGGAGAAGCCGAGGGAGGAGGCGCCCAUCAAGGAGAAUGAGAUCCGCAUCACCACGCAGGGGAGGAUGCGCAACUACAUCACCUACGCCACCGCCUUGCUCCAGGACAAGGGUUCUGAUGAGGUUGUAUUCAAGGCCAUGGGAAGGGCUAUCAACAAAACUGUCAUGAUCGCGGAAUUGAUCAAGAGGAGGAUUGUUGGCGUCCAUCAGAAUACGACCACUGGAUCUACUGAUAUUACUGAUAUGUGGGAGCCGUUGGAGGAAGGCCUACUUCCGCUUGAGACAACAAGGCAUGUCUCUAUGAUCACUAUAACUCUUUCAAAGAAGGAGCUGGACACAUCCUCUGUCGGAUAUCAAUCUCCUUUGCCUGCUGAUCAGGUGAAGCCUUUGGUUGACUACGAUAACGAUGAAGAUGCACACUCACCUGGUGGCCGAGGGAGGGGCCGUGGUGGUCGAGGCCGUGGGCGAGGCAGGGGAAGAGGUGGACGUGGAAAUGGAUACAAUGACUAUGCUGAUGGUGGUUGGGGAGAGGAGGAUCAUGCCCCUGAGUACAUGGGCAACGGAUAUCCCCGUGGAAGAGGGAGAGGUUUCAGAGGCCGCGGCAGGAGAGGUGGCUACGGUGGCCAGCCUGAUUACCAACAGGAUGGAGGCUAUUAUGAUGAGGCACCUGUUCCUGCUCCGGCCCGAGGUCGUGGUCGAGGUCGUGGCCGUGGGAGAGGCCCGUCUAGAGGCAGAGGACGUGGUGGCAACAUGAAUGGUGUGGUGCAUGCUGCAGCAUCCGGUGCGUAAGCUGUCUGGGACAGGUUGUUUGUUGGAUGCCCGCUCCAAAUAUGAAGAUGUAUCAUGUGUUGUUGUCAGUUAACAUUAUACUUGGUAUAAGCUUGACAUUCACUGUCGGAAUGCAGCCAGGUUUUGAUAUUUGACUAGGCUUGUAGGGUAGCGUCUUUACAGUGCUUCCUCCUUCCAGUAGAUGUCGUAAACUAAUUGUAGUUUCGUAAAGGUUUAGAGCAGGGCAUUCUUUCUAUUUUUUUAAUAUAAAAUGAAGUCUUGUUCCCAGUUGGAA